AUGGACACCAACGGUACCGUGGACCACGGAGAGACGGAGCAGUUGCAAAAACACACCCAGCCAGCCUUCGACAAUGUUGAUAUCACGUCGCCGGACGAUGAGAAUGAAAACGAUAUCUUCGAAUCGGCGAUUCAGCAGGAACCUUUAUCGCCAGUGCUGGAGGAUGUACCGACGGACGAAGCGGGGGAUAUGUUUAUCGAAAUAGUUGUUGCUGACCCGCAGAAAGUAGGCGAUGGCAUGGGAUCAUAUUUAGCGUACAAGGUGUCCACGAAGACGAACAUUUUAAAGUUUAAAAAACGACAAUUCUUCACGAUGCGGCGUUUUAGCGAUUUUCUCGGAUUGCACGACUUGCUUGUCAGCAAAUAUCUGCGGAUGGGGCGCAUUAUUCCACCGGCACCGGAAAAGAACAUUAUCGGCACGACCAAGGUUAAAAUGGGCAGUCAGCCACAAUCGGAACCCGGUACAGGCGUGAACCUGGAGUGGAUUGAGAACAGACGUGCCUCACUCGAACGUUUCCUCAACCGUGUCGCGCAGCAUCCGAUACUGUGCCAGGAUACGGACUUUGUUAAUUUCCUCGAAAGUGAUCAAGAGCUACCGCGCGCCGUUAAUACGGCGGCCCUGAGCGGGGCCGGUGUCAUGCGUCUAUUCAACAAGAUGGGUGAAACGGUCAACAAGAUCACGUACAAGAUGGAUGAAAACGAUCCCUGGUUUAAUGAUAAGAUCAAUGAGGUCGAAACAAUUGAUGCGCAUAUGCAGAAGCUACAUUCCGCUAUAAAGGCGCUCGUAUCGCACCGCAAAGAGCUGGCCGCUCUUACUGGUGGUGUUGCAAAAUCGGCAGCACUGUUGAGUACGUGCGAAGAGCAUACGGGUCUAUCGCAAGCACUGUCGCAGCUAGCGGACGUGGAGGAGAAGGUCGAACUGUUGCGCUCCGAGCAGGCAAACUCGGACCUUUACAUUCUGUCGGAGACAAUCAAGGACUAUAUCGGACUGUUCGGUGCUAUAAAGGACGUUUUUCACGAACGAGUAAAGGUUUUUCAGAACUGGCAGCACGCACAGAUUCAGCUAACGAAGAAGCGUGAGAACAAGGCAAAGUUGGAGUUACAAGAUCGGCGCGAUAAGCUGGAGUUUGCCCAGAAAGAAGUGGAAGAGUGGGAAGGAAAGGUGCAACGGUGCCAGAAGGAGUUUGAUAACAUCUCCAGUGAAAUCAAGAAGGAAAUGGAGCGCUUUGAGUUGGCACGUGCCCGUGACUUUAAGUCAACGAUUGUUAAAUAUCUGCAGGACCAAAUGGCACACCAACAACAGCAAAUGCGAUACUGGGAAGCAAUCGUACCGGUGGCCCGUGACAUUGCAUGAGAGGAACCGAACGCGAUGAAUCCGCCCAUCCUGUAUGACGACGACGAUGAUGACCGUGUUCCGACGACUGACAAACUGCGCCUCUCGAUUAAUUUAGUCGAUUCCAA